GCUAGAGGAAGAUCCGAUGCCAACAAUGGAGAAGCUGCCUAACUUUAGGAUUCUUGAAUUGGAUUAUGAGGCUUUAAUAGCAAACAAAAUAUAUUUCUCUGCACAAGGUUUUCCUAAACUUGAGUCUUUAAGACUUAAACAAGUCUUCAAUUUGGAGGAGUGGAAUGUGGAUGAAGGAGCCAUGCCUUGUCUUCGGCGAUUGGAGAUCGAGGAAUGCUCAGGGAUGAAGAUACUUCCAGAUGGAUUGAGGUUCAUUGCAACCCUCCAAGAAAUGAAGAUUAAAGCAGUGGCAAAGGAACUCAAAGAUAAAGUGGUAGAAGGAGGAGAGGAUUUGUACAAAGCCCAGCAUAUUCCUUCUAUCAUAUUCCAAGACUAUUAAUUUAUCCCAAGCUAAUUGUUUUCAACAAGUGUUUUUUGCACUCUUUAUGUGUAAUUUGGUGAGAGAUAUUGUUAUAUUGUAAGAUGGUG